UUUACUAGUUAAGUGAGUUCAGUAAGCGAUCGUAAGCGAUGUUGUUGACAAUGAGGCAAGGGUUUAUUUGUGUCAAUAAGCAUGAAAGGAUGUAGUCACUGCCUGGAUACAGUGAAAAAGUGAAAUCAUCUGAAUGCUGUUUGAAUUGUGAAAAGUGAGAAAUGUCUGUAGAUGGAACACCGUUUUUGGUUCAAGCUGUUUAUUCUUUCAAAGGAAAAAACAAUGAUGAGCUGUGCUUCAGGAAGGGUGACAUAAUCACCAUAACACAAAGAGAGGAAGGUGGUUGGUGGGAGGGAACUCUUGGUGAUAAAACUGGAUGGUUCCCCUCCAACUAUGUCAAGGAAUAUAAAAUUCAAGAAACAAGUCCCUUGGCUGGUAAGACCUCACCUACAAAGUUGCCUCCAGAGCUUGCAGCUCAGCAAAAGGUUUAUCGAAAUUUGGUCCUGAAAGAUCUCAUAGAUUCUGAAAAAGCCCACGUUGCUGAACUUCAAGGAUUAUUGAAGAAUUUUCUUCAUCCAUUGGAGAAAUCAGAAAUUUUGACGAAAGAAGCGUACCGUCAGUUGGUGGGCAACAUCAACAAUGUUGUGGAGACUCAUCAGCAGUUGCUCUCCACCUUGGAAGAGUGCAACCAGCGGCCUGUUUUGGAGCAGCGUGUGGGGAAAGUGUUUCUCACUUCUGCCCCUCAUAUCAAGCAGGUCCACCAAGCUUAUUGCUCCUCACAUCCUAAGGCAGUCUGUAUUCUUGAUAAAUAUAAGACAGAACUCAAUGAAUUUAUGGAAUCGCAGGGUGCUGCAAGUCCUGGUCUUCUUGUUCUCACAACAGGCCUGAGUAAACCAUUUCGUCGUCUUGAGAAAUAUGCAGGAAUGCUUCAGGAGCUGGAACGACAUGUUGAGGAGAAUCACCCUGACCGUGGUGAUACUCAGCGAUCAGUCAGUGUGUACAAAGAUAUAGCAUCUUCAUGCUCUGCCACACGUCGUCAGAAGGAACUGGAGCUGGAAGUGCUGACCGGUGGUGUCCGAGGUUGGGAGGGAGAAGACUUAUCAUGCCUUGGAGAAAUUCUGCAUAUGGGCUCUGUAGCUGUUUGUCCAGACCAUAGGGAUCGUUACUUGGUCCUUUUCCCCUCAACUUUACUUAUGCUCAGUGUUAGUCAACGUAUGAGUGCCUUCAUAUAUGAGGGGAAAUUACCAUUAACAGGAAUAAAUGUCACAAAAUUGGAAGAUACAGAAGCUUAUAAAAAUGCAUUUGAAAUAACAGGUGCCAUGAUUGAACGAAUUAUAGCAGUGUGUCAGACCAAAGAUGACCAGCACACAUGGGUGGAACAUUUGAAACAACAGAUUCGCACAGUGCGAAAGUCUUCCAUGUCAUCUCCAUCUCCAGCCACUUCACCACCACCUGGCAAACCCCAGCCUCUACCUCCACCUCAUAUGUCACCACUGACAGUUCCAUUAUCACCUCGAGUAAGUGUGCCUCAACCAAGCAGCUUGAGGCCCCAACAUCAAGUAGUUAACAAGGGGUGGAGUAUGUCAUGUUUGCGUCCCUCUCCCCCACUCCGCCCCUGCCUAGCUCUUGGACGUGAUGACAAUCAUAGGAAGUCUGGACGCAGCACAAAGAAACAGACUGAAAGAAGUUAUGAAGAAGAUGCUCAGAUUCUACGUGUGAUUGAAGCUUACUGCACAAGUGCCAAGACACGAUACACUGUUAAUUCAGACAGAAUGAAACAUGAAGUCAAAAAAGCACGUGUAAAAACAGCGCAUAUUCACAGCGUGGUUUCACAUGGCAGACUGAUGCAAUAGGCUUGUGGAAGUGUGACCUUGGCUUCCCCUCAUCUUUCACCAAGGCAGUUACAACAAUAACAGUCAGGGACCUUUCUGAUACACCUUGUAAUUUAAGGUAUGGUAAACAGUGCUGAUGCUAAUAUUGUACAUUUAUAUGUAACUGAUAUUAUUUGUUAUAAGAGUUUUAUUUUAAAAGUGUUUAAAUAAUUCCACCUACUGAACAGAUGUUUGUUAAAUGACAUUAUAUGUGAGACCAUAUGGAAACAAGGAACUUUCAUUAUGCAAGUUCCUUCAUUCUAGGGAACUGCAUAAGAUACCUGUUUUAAAUUAAUAGCUGUCAGGUAUGUCAAGAAUGUAAUAAAUUCACAGUGUAGAAGAAGUACAGUAUAUAUGGAGCCAGUGUUUGGUAAUGGAAUAAACUGAAACACAUCCUGGGUGCAGCAUUCACCAGAAAACCAUUCCAUUGGUAUGAAAUUGGCCUUUAGGAAGAUAUUGAGAAAAAAAAAAAUGUACUUGACCCAGAGAGUUGUGUUUUUUAUCUAUAUGAGUAAUACAAAUUUUUUCGAUGAAAUUUCCCACUAUGAAGGGGGGCAAUAUAUUUUAUAUAUGGUAUAUUUUGUCUAAUUUGACAUACAUGAUUGUUGCACCCAUUACUGUUAUUGAAAUAUGUAAGACAAAUCCUUUGAUUGAAAGUGGACUCUAGUGAAAGAAUAUCUAAGUUAUAGAUGUUCAACUUAUUGGCUCUUUCUAGGGAUGAAUGUAAGUAUAAUUGGAGUGGUUUCUACAUAAAUGUUGACAUGAUGGGUAAUUUGAUUAUCAUUGGUUUUAAUUUUGCUACUUUUAUGGUAUGUUACAUUUGAAAAGUAGCUAAUAACAAAAGAAAAAUACAUUAUAGCCAUCCAGCACAUAAUUUUCUGUCAUAUGUUCAUGUGAAUCAAGAUUGUUGUUGCUUCUUUAAUGGCCCAUGUAUUCUUAUGUAUAAAAUGGUAUGGUAUGUUAAGGUACUAGUUUGCAUGUUGAAGUUUUAGAAUAGAAGAAUAUUUGUGUUCAAAUACUGAUGAUAUGAUAGCUAAGAGGGAAAUAAUACUCUCUAGCUGUAUUGGUUUAUGCCUACUUCUUUCAUGAAGAUUGCUUUGGAGUUUUUGUGCUUGUUAAUAUAAUUCUUGGCUUUAUUAUUUCAUCAUUGCUUGUUAGUUUCUUACUGGAAACCGAUUGUGUCUAGAUCAAGCAACAUUUAUUGAUGGCACAUAUAUCAGUAUUAUAACAUUGUUAUACUUUUUUGUAGUUUCUUUAUGUUACUAUGUUGUAAGUAAAAUUAUUCUAUCUCUUGUCUCCUAUGUUAUACAUGGUAGCAUGUGACAAGUGUGAUCUGUUAAAUAUCUGUUACAGUGGAACCUUGAACUUCGAACACAAUCCCUUCCAGGGGACAGUUCGACUUUUGAGUUAAAUUUCCCCAUUUGAAAUAAUAUAAAUUUAAUUAGUUCAUUCCAGACCCCCAAAAUU